ACAACUUCAACCGAGUGCAUUCUUCUAAAACCGUAAUUUCCUCCAUGCAUCACACCAACGAGUCACAGCUCACCCUAGUCGACGCUCCGUCUUCUCCACUUCCACGGUGCCCUCAUCCCUGCGGCACUGACAUGCGCCUCGAUUUCUCCCGCACCGGCUCCGACAACGUCGUUGCGCACGCCCAUCAGCCUUCCUUCACCAAUGUCUGACUCGCGCCCUCUAUACGCCAUCCAAUGCCACGGAAGCGCUGCCAUCAUUCGACGCCGCGACGCCGUUGUGGGCGUACUAGAGCGUCGAGGCGGGCUUGUUCCCAGCCGCGAAAUAUCGCUCUGGCUCGGCGCCGACGAGAACGUCGACCUUGACGUCGACGAUUCCGACGCGUGCACGAUCGUACCUGGUUCAUCGUCUGAGAGCGAUUCAUAUCUUGAAAAGCUGUCGACGCGUCCUGGAGGGUAUCGGACGAAGCUCGUGAAGUGGCUCCGCACGCCGAGAUUCUCGAGGUACCCCGUUACAUUCUCGGCCGAAGGAAAGACGUUCGAGUGGCGCGAGAGUGCGGCGGGAUUGUUGGUUGCACGCGAAGCCGGCCAGAGAGGAGACCCUCCGAUAGCCUACUUCCAGCACUCUCGCGCGGCAGCAAGCGGGCGAGUGGAGUCCGCGACGCUCACCUUUCCCAGAGUCGACGACAGCAGCCUCGCAGAGCAGGAUGCGAUUUUCAUCUCUCUAGUCGCAAUCGCUCAGCGUCAGGGUUCGGCGUGUUCUGGUUUCAGAACACCGGUGUUGCCUGAGGCUCAGUCGCGGCAUACGGCCACAGUAUGUGUUUUAUUUCGCUUUCUGCUGCUUUAUAUUUACAGACAGCUGAUACUAGUGCUUUGUUCAUGCGACGGGGCUACGUCUAUGAGCCACAUGAAUAUAUACAGAUAGACGAUGUGUUGUUCUCGGAGGGUAGGGCGUUCUGGGAGGCGGCGGGUGUAUGUUAGCCAGUAAGAUAUCGUUUAGCUUUUAUUCGCUCUUUAGUACGACUUGUGUGUUUCAUUAGUAUACUUCCGAGUAAAACUUAUGAAUCAACAACUUCA